AUGGACAGGCAUCAAGAGGAUCCAUCGAUGGUCCUUGAGGAGAAUGAGUUGAGAUGGGCGUACGAUAUCAAGGAGGCGAUUGACGACUCGACGCACCUUGCACCAGUCUCGGACUUGGAGUGUGUGCAGUGGGCCAUCGCGACAGUGGACCAACAGAAUUUGGACGAAGUGUUGGACAAAGUGCACAAGCUCCAGUGCUUUCGAGAGCAGUACAGCUUUGAAAAUGUCCGAGCAGGCAGUUCUCCCAAUGCCAUUGAUCGAUGCGUCAAGGAGGGAGUGGAGCUGCUGAGCGGGUACGUCAGAGAUCAGCAACCCGGCCAUUUGGUGACAAUCGAUCACAUGGCCAGCCAAGGGCACUACUUGAUCGUCUGGGAUCGAGCCAAGUUCAGUCCUUCCAAGGUUCGGUCCGAAGCAGACUGGAGAAUCUAUCAGGGAUGCACGUACAACAUUUUCAUGAUUUUGAAUUCCAACGUUCGAGCCAUUCGAGAGGGCAUUGCCGUCAUUCUAGAAUGCGAGGGAAUGGGCUACCUGAACUACGACAAUCAGUUCGAGGAGCGACGCGUCACUGAACUAUUCAAUUACUAUCCCUUCAAAACACAGGAGUUCUUCUUUCUACACACUCCAACAGUGGCCAUUUUUCUCUGGAAGGCUGUCAACCGAUUCCUCACGGACAAAUUCAAAAAAUCGGUCAAAUUGGACGCCACCGUGGAUGGCCUAGACGGAAAGCGCAUUGAUUCUUUGUUCAACAUGCCAACCUUUGAAGAUGCCCAAGAUAGGUUACUGAUACGAUUAGAAGAGUACUUACGAGAAAGGUUGGAGCAUCAGGUGCAUUACAAAAUGCCACCCAAACCUCCACCGGUGGCCGAAGACGACGAGGCUGCGGAGGUGGCUGCCAAUGGUCCCAUAGACGAUUUUGCAGCCGCCAUGGCAUCCGAAUUCGAUGACUUGGAGGAAGAAGAAGAAGACGAGGAACUAGCGCUUCCAGAAGACUUGUCUGUGCCAAUGCAAGAAACAAUGGUCCAAGAUUAUGAGGAGGAAAAGAAGUACGAACUGCCGGCACAAGCUACUGGUGCCAAGGACUUUGUCGAUGGCACCGCUGGUGGCGCGCCGAUCAACGAUUUCGCAGCUGCCAUGGCAGCGGAAUUCGAAGACGAGUUGGCGGAUUGCGAAGAGGACGAUGAGUUGGAAGAGGAACCGAUACCCAAAGGUCCCCCAAAUGACGGAGUUGCUGCAGACGCUGGACAACAGGACGAAUUUGCAGCGGCAAUGGCAGCCGAGUUCGCGGCCGAGUUUGGCGAGGAAUUUGAUGAAGACGAUGACGACUUGUAG